AUGAAUAAAGUUAAAGUUCAAAAAACAAUAGAUUACUUUUUUAAAAGUAAAAGGCAGAAAAUAACAAAUACAAAAGCUGAAGAAAACGCUAAUAAAUGUGUAGAAUCUAUUGGAAGUAGUUGUUUAGAAAACUCAGAAAUAAAUGAAAAUGAUUGUAAGAAAAGGAAAAUUAUGAAUAAAGAUGAAUUAGAAAAUACAAAAAAUAUUUAUGAUAAUAAUUUAAAUAUGAUUAGAAAAACAGAAAAUGAAAUAAAAAAUAAUGAAAAAGCUUCUGAUUAUAUAGAAGAAAUAAGAAAACUAAUGGAUAUAGAAUGGUUUAAAGAGUUACAGGAUGAAUUAAAAAAAAGUUAUUUUAAAAAUAUGUAUUUAAAAAUAAAAGAAGAAAGAAAAAUUAAAGUUAUUUAUCCACCUGAACAAUUAGUUUUUAAUGCUUUUUUAAAAACACCAUUAUCAAAAAUAAAGGUAGUUAUAGUAGGCCAGGAUCCUUAUCAUCAAAAAAACCAAGCAAUGGGAUUAAGCUUUUCUGUGCCUUUUGGUAUUAAAAUACCACCAAGCUUGAAAAAUAUUUUAAAAGAAAUAAAGCAAAAAAGUAAUCACGGAAAUUUAAUUAGUUGGUCAGAACAAGGAGUUUUUUUAUUAAAUACUUCUUUAACUGUUGAAGAAAACAAACCAGCAUCUCAUAAAAAUUAUGGAUGGGAAACAUUUACUGAUAAAGUUAUUAACAUAAUAAACCAAAAAAAAGAAAAAAUUAUUUUUAUGCUAUGGGGUAAUUUUGCAAUUAAAAAAUGUUCUAAAAUUGAUACAACAAAACAUUUUAUAUUAAAAGCUGGUCAUCCAUCUCCAUUAAGUAUAAGGCAUUUUGAAAAUUGUGAUCAUUUUAAUAAAUGUAAUAAAAUUCUUAUUGAAAAUAACUUAGUUCCAAUAAAAUGGGAAUUACCACAAUAA